AUUUCUUCUUCUUUCUUGGUGCGUUUUCUCUGAUAAACGACGCCGUAUGAAGCUGGCGAGACACAGACCUCUCAUUUCGACGCUUUCUUCUUCGUGAAACUCUUCAUUUGUUUUAUAUUGGAAACAGAGUCUCUCUUAUGAAUCAAAGCGACAAACUUUGAGAAGGCAGGCGAAAAUCUCGGAUGGGUUCCAUCGCUCUGCAAUCUUGGAGCAGAGGAGCUUCAACUUCUCUUCAUCUCCUUUUUCGUCCAGGUAGUUGGCUCGAACCCUAAGCUAUAUGAUGCUCGAAGAGUACAAGUAAGAUUCUUUAAUGUUGCCGCUUCUUGGUCCGAACAGAUGAUCUCUUAUACUAUAGUCUGUUUAUUUUGUCUUUUGGGUUUUAAGUUUGAUGUAAGAGCCUCUUCAAGUCGUAAAUCACUUAAGAAACUCAAAAGAGAGUCACAACAAGGUAAAGACAUAGGCUUAAGAAAUGUUACAGAUGAAGAAGUUUCUUCUCCAAGAUUUGAGGAAGCUCAAGUUGAUUCUUCAACUUCAAAGGACUCCAUUGAUGUUUUUGUUGCUGCUCCUCGAGACAAAGUGCUUCAGGCUUGCACUGUAACUUCCGGUUUGAUGGCUGCACUAGGUCUGAUCAUCAGAAAGGCGUCUCAUGUUGCUUCGACUGAAGGAUUACUGGUUCCAGACUGCUCUAUAGAUGUACCAUUUGGGUUUGAAACUUGGCAUCUCGGUUUAAUUGCUGGAAUCGUUGUGUUUAUAUCGUCAAGUAGGUUCUUGCUACUUAAAUCUUGGCCAGAUUUUGCUGAUUCUAGUGAAGCAGCAAACCGACAGAUUCUCACUUCCCUCGAACCUCUAGAUUACCUUGUUGUUGCAAUGUUACCGGGAAUAAGUGAGGAGCUGCUGUUUAGAGGUGCAUUAAUGCCUUUGUUCGGAACUAAUUGGAAUGGUAUUGUAGCGGUUGGCCUCAUUUUCGGUUUACUUCAUCUCGGGAGCGGAAGAAAGUAUUCUUUUGCAGUUUGGGCUUCGAUUGUCGGUAUAGUCUACGGUUAUGCAGCUGUUUUGUCGUCGAGUCUUAUCGUUCCAAUGGCCUCGCACGCACUCAACAAUUUGGUGGGAGGUCUGUUGUGGCGAUAUAGUUCCAAGAUCAAGUCAUUGGAGUGAAAUAAACAAAAUUUACAACAGGGUUGAAUUAAAAAAGUAUACAAUUUUAAUGGGUGGGUUUGUGAAAUCUCUCAAUAGUAUAGGGUGGUUAUGUCAAAAAUCUAUAAUAGAGGGUGGUUAUUGUAAUUUUAAUGUACCAACUUGUCACAAAGGACAAGUAUGAAAAAUCUAUAAUUAUAGAAGUGAAAAG